AUGGAUUGGAAAACCGGGAUAAUUUGUCCAAUAUUCAAAAAAGGAGGCAUUGGUAUAGUAUCAAACCACCGUGGAAUUUCCUUGUUAGAUACAGCUUACAAAAUCUUAUCGAUGGCAUUGCUAAGAAGAUUAGAAAUAUAUGCGGAAGACACCUUAACAGAGUACCAAACUGGUUUCAGAAGAAGGAAAUCUACAAUGGAUCACAUAUUCACAAUAAGACAAGUAAUGGAAAAAUUCUACGAAUAUAAUAAAGACCUUCAUAUUCUUUUUGUAGACUUCAAACAAACAUAUGACAGUAUUGACCGUGAUCAACUCUGGAUAACACCAACGAAUUUUGGUAUACCAAGGAAAUUGGUAAGACUAGUUGAGAUUUGUAACCAACAGACAUACUGCAAGUGUGUUUUAUGGGGGAGACCACUGAAGUAUUUGAAUGCAGAACCGGCUUGA